AUGGAGAUAUUUUUUGGAAAGGCUUGUAGCCCCGUAACUGUUUUAAUACUACAGCAGGUGAGAUAUCUAAUGAUCAACUUUAGGAUUUUAAAAUGCGUCUUCCUCCUCUCAUUUUCCAUUCUUUUUAUUUUUAAUUUCAGUGCCUUCAUCUUGCAAAUGGGCUUACUGUAGCUGGUAAGAGAGAUUCUUUGAAAAUUUCGUGUGUAAUAUCACUACCAUUGACCUAGAGACUAUAUACUUGUAAAUAGGGAUAUUUCUAAGGUAGUCAUUAAAGUGUUUCACUACGCAAAACCGUCAUAUCUGCCACAUCGAUAAUUGUGCAAGGGUUUAUUUAAAGUAAAUUUCAAACACCAUGUAACGCAUUUUCUUAAUUAACUAGCAUUGUCACGGAUUAUUUCACCACGGAGCUGUAAAAUAUAUCGCCAUAUCCAACCUUACAAUGUAGAUCGAAAACAAUGGACUAAAUUGACAGUUAGGGCUAAGACAAUGUAAUCCGACUGCUUUUUACCAUUUCAGAGCUGUGAAUUGAAACACGCAAAUAAAUCUUCAUUAUAACUAUACUUUACUCUCUAUGAAUCCUUAUGUCGUUUGCAUCUGUGCAUCGGCGAUGAAUCAUUCAGUUUCGUUGGAAAUAUCACUACAGGUGACGAGCUACAGCUAUCAAAAUACUUUUUUAGGGGUUUCGAACUUUCGCUAAAAUUAGUCUUCGUCUUUCUUUCAAGAUCUUAGCAUUAACACUGAAAAAAAUACACAGUUAUUUUUUUUGUCUUCUUUUCUUUUCAUGAUUUUUCGCGAUUUCGUUUGCAUGUCCGAACAAUUGGAUUCCAGUUGAGCUCAACAUAAUAGACCCGCGAACAACCUGUCAUCUUGGAAAACCACAAGAUUAAAAAUAACUCGUUCAUGGUUAGGGAACGAACCAAAUUUUCAAAAUAAUAUUUCGUAUCGAAUCAUGUCAAUAAGAAAAACUAGAUAGGAAAUCGAAAUUGGUAUUAAUACUAUACAAUCUGAAAAGGCAGAAGGGCAAAUUCCCAUGAAAUAACUGCCGUGUCAGUCGCGAAUGUUAUAACUUACGCACUCACUGUGAAGAUAUUGCAUACUGUAAAUCAUCUAGAUUCAUACUGUUUUGCUUAGUCUUUGAAUGGAUUUUACUUAUUUAGAAAUUCAGUUUUGCUUUCCGAAAUCUAUCUGACGAAAGUUUACCGCCCACGCUGUAGUACCCUAAGAAACUGCGAAUCAUAAUCAUGUUCGUGGUGGUUAGCAGUUAUUACGAUUCCUGAUCAUUAUUUGCAAAUGUAAACCUGAGUAAUUUAGCUUACAGGCAUAGUUUUAUGGAAGAUUUAGUCCCUAGAACAAAUCUGGCGUCAGAAGAAAACAUUUGCUUCCAUAACUUAAACUGAUUAUAGCAUGUGAAAUAAAAAGGCCAAUUUAAAACAAAUCCAAUGAAUAUAGAAAAUAUCUAGGCACUUUGCUUGUGCUAUCUUCUACAACUUAUUUGAUUUGCAUCGAGCAAGUCAGAAUACCUGUGGGCCGGCGAGAUAUGUAUUCAUAAUUUACAACGUAGACAGAGGCUAUCUUUCAAUGCAUGUAAUUAUUAAGCUAACUGAACACUAGCAAUGUCGUUUACUAGUAGAUUGGUAUCUAAACUAUUACGAAAAUUUUCACGAAGAGUUUUUUACAUUUUAUUCUUUACCAAUCAAUAAAGAUGAGAUAAUAUAAAAGCAAAUCAUAAAGUAAGAUAAACACAAAUUCAAGCCCCGACUCCAAUCAGGCUGUCGAAACGAUUUCAUAGUCACUACUUACCAUCGAGAUCAGAACAGAAAUGGUAACAGUUUGAUGAAGCAUACGGCUCGUUUAAUUAUGUCGAAUGAUAUUGCUGAUCGUUUGUCGUCUAAAAACUGAAAAAGAUAUUUGCAACAAUCUGCAUUCUUUUCCACCCUGCAUAACCCUGGAAUGCUCAGCGAGUUUAACAAAGUCGCCAAUGUUUCCCACGCAUCGUAAAAUUGCAUUUCAACACAGCAUUCUCCUAUAUGAGUUUCCUUUCAUCAUUUAAUCACUAUAUUUCGGUGGAAUGACUGUCGCGUUUCGGAAAAUCAUUCAACAUCAUUAUCGUUGUCGUUAUUGUCUUUUUAUUAUGGUUAUUAUCAUUAACAUUACUAUUUAUAUUGUAAUCAUUAUUUCAGUAUUAGAAAUAUGUUUGUAAGGUACAUUAUCAGUUAUGUAUACAGUAUUAAUUUCUUUGCCCAUAAACAAAGGUGAUGACCCAUGGUACCAGAAGGCGAGCUAUUAUUGGCCGUUCAACACACUCAAAGAUCCUGGAAUUCUAGACCAAAGGGGUACCACAAGCGUGCAGGCUUACAGCAAGAACGGACUUCAACUGGAUGGGUUUCUAGGAAGCUGGGCUGACCUAGGAAAUUUCUCUUUUCACUGUAUAAGUAAUCCGGAAGCUUGUAAAACAGGGUUUACGGCAACUUUCUGGCUUCGAGUUGACGAGCGUCAGAACAAACGAUUUGUUAUGCAGAUAGGUUCUGCCACGCAAGCUGUUGGAACAACGAUGCAAAUCGACGGUGACUAUUUUGGUGUUUAUGUAAAUGGUCGUGCAACCCAGCGACACGUACAAGUAAACUGGACCUACGCGAGCUGGAUUUUCGUGGCUCUUUCGUGGAAUAAAAUAGAGAACAAAAUUGGUGUUCUCCUCAACUGUAGUAGCGUGUCAUACGAGAAAUAUAAUGUUGGGGCUAGUUAUAGGUAUUCGUCAGUUCCGCCAAAUAAUAUGUUAAUACUUGGGGCGAGCAAUGCUCGGUUAAAUAGCAUCAAGAUGACCAUAGAUGAACUUGCUAUCUGGAAUGGCGUUUUAUCAAAACAGGAUGUUUGUUAUAUCAUGGAGUCCAAGGCAGGUAAUAUGCAACACUCUAUCAUUUCAAAUCGGUCACUGAAGACAAAUUUGUGUUUGUGUAUUUGUUUUUUUAGUGUGUUGUGUGUUUAUGUUAACAAAAGGAACGACCUCUUUUUGGUUUCUGAGGGUAUUAUAGGGAAAGUUAAGGAUAAAUGUGAGUUGGGCCUGGUCACAUAUGUGAAUAAAAUGAGCAUUACUCCUAUUCUAACAACGAGUCUUAAACUAAGAAGUAUUUCAAGAUGAGUGAUUUUUUAAAAACGUUAGAUCCAGUGCUAACAUACGAUACUGCAUUGCAAGAAUUUCUGCUGUCCAACAAGAAUUGAAAGAAAAAAACAGCUCUGACGUGAAUGGAGGCUCUGUAACCCCGAGCCCUCUCCCUGGACUCGUCCACUAGGCCUUGAGAAUCACAUUUUCCAGCAGUAGCCUAUCUGUUAUUUUGUUUUCAGUGGAUGGAAAAUACACUGAGUGGUCUACAUUUAGUCCUUGUACGGUCACAUGUGGACUGGGUGUAAAAACGAGGAACAGAUCCUGCACGAAUCCUCCGCCAAAACACGGAGGCAGCUUAUGUCAAGGUUCCACGAUCGAUUCGGAAGAUUGCUUUCUCAGAGAUUGUCCUAUCCACGGUAACUACUCCGCAUGGUCGGAAUUCAGCUCCUGCACAUUUACAUGCGGAGGUGGUAAACAAUACAGAACUAGAACUUGCACUCACCCUAGUCCUCGAUACGGCGGACUCAACUGUUCAGCUUUAGGUCCUGAGCUAGAGGAAGUAGAUUGUAGUGAAAAUCCUUGUCCCAUUCAUGGCCGUUACAGUGGAUGGUCAGAUUAUAGCGAAUGUUCCACAAGCUGUGGAACAGGAACAAAGACCAGGACGAGAACAUGCACUCAACCAGCUCCUCAGUACGGAGGUAAAGACUGCACAAUGUUUGGGCCCACGAAUGAACAGCUGUCCUGCUUUGUUAAGGUGUGUCCUGUUGAUGGUAACUAUAGCAACUGGAGUGUAUUCAGUCUUUGCACAAAAAGUUGCGGUGUGGGAAAAAAAACAAGAACGAGGAAAUGUGAUAAUCCUUUCCCUGUUGGCGAAGGAAGAAAUUGUUCUCACCUUGGACCAUCAAUUGAAAACCAGCCGUGCAACAUUGAGGUAUGUCCAGUCAGCGGAGGUUACACACAUUGGUCUGUUUUCAGCCCAUGUACAAAAUCUUGUGCAGGUGGGACGCAUUUUCGGACACGCAACUGCACAAAUCCUAGACCUGAGGCAGGUGGACUGGAUUGUACACGUAUAGGACCCCCAAGGGAGGUGGUGCCUUGUAACACAAAACCCUGCCCUGUGGAUGGAGGUUACGGGGAGUGGUCUGACUUCUCAUCGUGCUCUCGAUCUUGUGGUGGUGGCGAGAGCGUCAGGGCUCGUCAAUGCAACAACCCUGCACCAGAAUACGAGGGAAAAGGUUGCUCGCUUUUGGGACCGGCAAGAGAGAGUCGUGAUUGCAACACAAAAAGGUGUCCUGGUAAGAUUAAUCUCUUUUUUUAAUUGCGUCAUUUCCUUCAACUUUCUGCAAUACAAAUGAAUAGUGAUAGCAUUUUGGAGGUAGCGUCAACAAAUUUGGAACCACGACCAAAAGACAGGUAGUUCGCUUACCUUAUCCUUGAUAUAAAAAUGGGCAGUCUUAUUUUCGUGGGUAAAAAAACGCUGAAAGCUAAAGUUCAUCAUUUUCAUUCUUGCUGAUCAAAGAACUAUUCAAGUCUCGGUAUGUGGUUAAAGGUUAAAGGUUAAAAGCUGAAGCCUAAUGAAUGAUGUUUUGCCGAUCGAUAGUUAUCUGAUAUAACGUCCAGGUCCCAGUUGUAUAAAUGUCGGAGAACGCUAUCCAACGGAUAAAUUGUUAUCCAGUGGAUGAGUGACAGGAAAACGUAUAGCAUUAUCCACCGUAUAAAGUUUUAUCCGGUGGAUAGCGUUAUCCUACCUUCGAAAAACCGGGGCCAGUAGUCUAGGCCAUAGAAACUUUUGUCUAUACCAUUUCCUGUGAUAUGAUUGGUACAGACAAAACCAAAAAAGCUGAUGUGGCCGAGAGAGGAUUGGGACGUUCCUUUUCCUUGUUAGCUUUCUCGUGGCGGCCAGAACAGAAUUCAAAAUUUCAAGAGAGACAUCAUUGAAUUAUUUAUUUCUGUAUUACUAUAUUGCAAAUCUAAUUCCCGACAGACAUGUCAUCUCCACUCUCGCACCCCGCUAUGUGUUGCACGCACUCGUAUUUUGGUCGCAGUGUUUUGUUAUCAAACUCUAUCCUUUUCUGGUGUGAUGUCUAAAAGACAUCUCGUGGGGGGUAGGAACCGACAAAAUAACAUAUUUACUUCAAUCUCGUCUGCAAUUUCCAUAUGAAUUUUGAAGGAAGUGUAAUGUACUGGAAGAAGUUCUGCAAGAAUUUCAGGGAACACACUUCGACCAGCUUUAGCCGCCGGUUGUUGUUUGCUUGAAUUGAAGGACCCCCAUAAGCUUUUCCACACAAGGGCAGUGUUGUUCACGGUGAGAUGUCUGCAAAAAAAAAAAGAAGAAAAAAAAGACAAGGUCGUUUGAGGUCGAAAUAAACUAUUCGUUUGCAUGUCGAGCAAACCCAGUUAGCAUGAAUUUCCUCAGAGUCGUAGUCGAUAUUAUUUUGAAUUGAACCGAAAGCUCAUUUUUGAAUAAGCUUUAGUCAGACCGCCUUACUCGACUGUCCUUUAACAGAAAGUCAAUACAAUUUUCGGAAAAAGGAGAUAUGAUUAUCCAUGAGCUGAAAUGAAUAAGAGAAGGACCUUUAGGAAUACUUAGAAAAUCGACAGCUGGCAGAAGCCAUGACGCCAUGACAGCCUAGGACAAAAAAUUGGAAAAUAUUUUUAAAAUUUGGACCAUGAGGUCAUGUUUGAUGUUAAGGACAAAACUGUCUACGGCCCGGACCAUCCAGGUGUAAAUGCUGAGAGCUUUCUAUAUCAUUUCAGUUAGUUGUGUGAUCCAAACCCCUCCUUUAUCUGAUUUCUUUUAGAAUAAUUGUUUAAAUACACAAUUUUUAAAGUCACUUCAGCUUCAUUUAGUUUCUUUAUGUAAUUAUGUAUACUUACAACUGUGUUUCUUACAUUGUUCUUUUUCUUUUUAUUUAGAUAUUAGCUUUAUAGCGCCCGUCAGAUUUCCAGGCGAAACGUUUACUCCAGAUCUCAUGAAUAAAAAUAGUAAGAUAUUCCAAGCGCUAGCCAACAAGAUCAGGUACAAUGUAAGUUUCUCCUACAUUUAUUCUCUUUUCUCUUCAUUAAGUGCAAUCUGACAGUUUAUGUGAUCAGCAUUCCACAUAGCGUCUUUUUAUCACGGUUAGCGUUGUUUUGCUCCUCAACUAAGGGAAUACCCUGUAAUUUCUCCUUGAUUCCGAUAUGAUUCCUGCUUGUUCAGAGACUUGUUUCCUUGUUGUUUCCCAGUUUCCUCGCUCCUCGCUCGACUUGGUAUUUUAAUGUUCUUUAACACGGUUUAUUUAUGUAUAUGACAUUCAGGUGCUGAGUAUUUACGACGAAAAUUCUGCUCUGGACUCAGUUGAAGUCAAAUCGUGUGGAUUUGCGGACGCCCCGGGGUAAGGGCGAGAAGCGCUAAAUAGAUAAAGGACUGAUCAGAAUUAGUUAUAUUUCGCACUCCUGCUACCAGUUACCUAGUUUAUUUUCCUAUGUGAGCUUUAUCGCUAAUUGGCCAAAUUUUCUUUCAAUCUACAUUUUCGAACCAAGGUAUUCAUUCGAAAUAGAAUCUUAACAACAUCAAAAGACCUGACCUUGAAAACGGCUUCUCUACUGUUGCAGUUAAUGCAAUCUAAAAAUAUCGGGAGCUUCUUACUGUGUUUCAAUCCUUUGAAGCACACCUUUUUUCGUUUGUGACUGUUAAGGUGGCGUUGAAGAUUUCAAUAGGCUGCCAAUGAACAAAGCGGUAUUGAAUUGACGGAACACGUUUCCAUAAUUAAAUUGAACAAAUUGAAAUAAGGCGUCUUAGAAACAGCAAUUUUGAAAAACUUUUGUGUGGAAGGCGGCCUCAAGUCAAAUAUGUCCAUACUUUUCGUGAUGUCACACCUCAUUCUCUUAUCAACUAAUGCUAUAAAUGUAUGCACGACGAUGAAUCAUUUGCAGCGGAUGAAAGAUAAGAAUCGGAAAAAUUAUAACAAAUGCAGCCCUCCAAGACCCGGACGUUGCCGAACCUUGCUACGUCUUACGACGUUUUGUCUCGAAUACACAGAGCAAUUGAAGGACAAGAAAGUUCUGAUAAAAUUAAAGUUUCACUCUCUGUUUCUGUCAGGGCUGUUGUACAAUGCGUUCUUCAGUUUAAUUUCAUGGCUGCUCAGUACAACGGAAUUAUUGCGUUACAAGACGCUCUGGCGGUUAAGAAAAUGCUGCACAAAAUGGAAGCUAAAGCGGAAUACAUAAACAGCGCUGCCGGUAAGUUUUUGAUGUAAUGGUGCAUUCUAACGUGAAUAGAGGAAUAUGUAAAUUACGCCUUUGACAUUCAUAAAGUUAUAACCAAAGUGAGUGGAAGCAAAUACAUGGGACAAAAAUGGGCUUAUCGCUUCUCCUUAAACUGAUAAAUUUGUUUCGACAGACGCAGUUCUUUCCAUUCUUUGUUUAUUAGUCCCUAGUGACGCCCCUGAAAACGUCACAGCUCGAAAUACAAGCUCUCAAAGCAUCAUGGUCACUUGGAACAAAAUUCGGCCUCGCACCGUUGUUGGUGGGGAUAUCCUUGGCUAUCGUGUUCUUUACACUACACAAGAGGACGCUACCAGGUGGAGUCGUGUGAUAUCUGGAGAGGAAAACACCAAAGCAGAGCUAAAGGACUUGAAGAUCUACACCAUGUACUGUGUGCGUGUCAUGGGAUACAACAGGAGAGGUGAUGGGAUUGCUUCACUCCCAGUGUGCGCUUAUACAGAUAAGGAUGGUAAGAUAUUGCUCAGAAAGUGUGAAAGCUAUAGACCUUGAUCAGGGGAAAUAAAUGGGUAUGCGGCACUGUAAUGAUCCUAGCUACUGUUAGCAAUCCGAGGUCGAACUCUGGUAGCAGUAAUUUGGUCGAGGUCAUUGUUUGGUGUUUUUAGUCACGACACUUUACUCCUACAGUACCUCUCCGCCCAACGUGCCCAAAAUGACCAUCAUUAAGCUGUAAACGGAACCCGCAAAAUGUUAAGGAUUAUCAUGCAAAAGAGGCGGGCGAACUGUAAAUUGCUCAGGGUUAGGUAAAUGGGAUGGUUCCUAACUAUAAUGAUUGACGGUCAGAGUGCAGAGUGAACUUCGCACAUUGGGAAGCGCUGCAAUCGUCGUGAUAUAGGCUGGAACUUUCUAAAUGUGAGUAAAUAAAAAUUGUAAAGACGUUAUCCCUCCGAUUUUUUGAUGAAACAUUUUGGGAAAGAUGCUAAUUAUUCAAUCACACCAGCGAAAUCUUGCUGUUCUCAUUCUUAGCACUGACAAUGGCACAGGUUUUGUCAACAACCACCGCUCGAAAUAAUCUUGAGGGAGAUCGCUUUUGAAAAAAUCUUGGUUUUGGAGUAUGAAAACAAAAAUGGAUGAGUAUUUUAAUAGUGCUUUAUUCUUAGUGUCCUCGAUUUUCGGAAUGUUUGGUCCUGUUGUAAUGUAAGAUAUGACAUUAGUUCCAGAUGGUGCACCUGCAAAUGUGACCGCCCGAAACUUGAGUUCCACGGAGCUUUUCGUUGAAUGGGACAGGUUGCCAGAAAAGUACCUUCAUGGAGUCUUACUCGGCUACCAGAUGAAUCUCACAAGAGUAGCAACGAAUGUAACAGAAGUUGUAAAAAUCUUACCGAAUGUCACAAGCCAUCGAUUUUCUGGAUUGGUGAUGUACAAUUGUUACGUAAUCAGCAUAGCAGCUAUCAAUGAAAUAGGAAUUGGUGUCGUCAGUCAAGGUGUUAUUGUAUGGACAGACGAGGGUGGUAAGGUUUUCUGUUUGUUUUCUUCAUUUUCAUCAGAAUAAGGAAUUUUCUUCAAAUCUUUUGCUUGUUAAGUCUGAGUCAUAUGUUAAGAAGUUAAGUGCACGGCAAACUCGUCUUAGUCAAUAAGGCUGAUUUACCAUUUAUCAAAAACCAAGGGAAGAAUAGGCGAUUGUCGAAUGAACAUAACUCAAUGUAGUAUACUCACCAAGAAAAUGCCGAUCUAAGCAAGAAAUCGAUAACAAUGAACGAAGCUCUUACCAUCGUAGCCUGUGUGAUAAAAGUUUUUUGGCGAACUCUUCUAAGAUUAAUCGUGGAAAAAAUGCAGGUUUGGUAAUUAUUUAUAAUAAAGACAACAUCCUUAAUCAAUAAACGGCUGUAUAGGCACAUUUAGUCCGAUUACUUGCUUGAAGCUUUCAAUUAAUUUUCGUUUCCAAUCCAACAGUUCCCAGCAGGGCUCCAAACAUCUCACAGAUAUAUUACACCAGUUCCACGAGCAUUCGAGUGCACUGGGACCCUCUUCCUCCACGGUAUAUACACGGCCGGUUGCUAGGAUACCGAGUAGAAUAUCGUGGAGUGGAACCAGGUUACCUUAACACAUGGAAAACAGUUGUAGUUGGUGCUAACAUCUACGAUGCCACCAUCUACGGUCUUAAGAAAUAUGGAGCGUAUGUGUUCCAGGUUGGGGCUUUUACCAGGAAAGGAGAGGGAUUGUUGUCCAAAGGUUACAUGAUCAGGACAGACGAGGAUGGUAAGCAGCUGUUCUCUACGCCUGAUGUCGACGCGGCUAUUUCCCCUUCAAGUCGUUCGAUCAAACGACCGUAUUCCCGUCCUGAUUGUUCCUCUAUAAUUGCUUGCUGCCUUAUAAUUUAUUUAACCUUUUUAUAAUGUUCCGUGUGCCGCAAUACAAAGCAACCUGACCCGCAGUUUUCCAGAUUCAUUAAAGACAUUGUUGUCUUGAUAUGUUCCAUGACAUAUACGUCCCUCCACCUAAUUAUCAAAAUAAUAUUUAUAAAACGCUGUUUGCGUGAACUUUUCUCUGGCUAAGCGGGUUGUGUUGAAUAGUUUUCCCGCGGUAUAAAGGAAAUUGCUGAUGAAGUAAACUUCUUUGGGAUCAGGUGACAAGGAUGCUUCGGUUUUAACUUAUUAGCAAAGCUUGCUAAGGCUUCUGACAUUUCGUUAUCGAUCGAUUACACGAUGUCAGAUCUAAGGUCUUCGAUCCUUAAAUUUGUUUCAGUCAGCGGAAAGGUUUUUCUUUAUGAACGUAUAUUGAGUACCAUUCAACUAUAAAAUCUUAGGAAACGACAAAUCGAUCAGUCUAUAGUAUUAGUUUUUAAGAGUCUAUGUGGAGAUGGUCCUGAGUGUAUAUAUAUAUGUUAAAAACCUUUUAAGCUUUAGAAAAACGAACUGUAUUCUCAGGAGAGAUGGAUAUAGGCCAGCUUUAUCUAGGUUUAAAUUACUGUGAAAGAAAUAUUAUUCAGCCAUAUAGCUGCGAACAUCAGGAAAAGUCUUCCCAACAAAUUUCAUAACCCAGCGCGUCUAAAAAAUUCCAAUGCAAUAUUCAUAAUGCUAUUCUUUGGAAUCGUUAUAUCGUUUUUUUUGGGCAUUAUUAUUUACAAUUUCUUAGUAUUUCAUUGUUUAAUGUGUUUGUAAAUUUUUUGAUCAAUUUAUGUUGUUAACACACGUUUGUAUCUUGAACGAGUUAUAGCUCUUGGACGAUACGUGUUUAAAUAAAAAAUGGUAUUGAGUUUUAUUGUAUCAGAUCAUACUAAACCUCCAAUAGUUUUAAGUCUCUUUUUCUCGAUACAGUGCCUUCUAAGCCUCCGCAAAAUUUUACGGUUGCCAAGGAUAACUCUACUUCAACAAGCCUAUUCAUCCAUUGGCGACCAGUGCCUGUAAAUCAUCAAAACGGCGUUAUUCUUGGCUACAGAAUUCUGUAUAAGAAAUCGUGGUCAAGUCAAGAAAAGCUUAGAUCAAGGAACGUGUCAGCUGAAUCAACCACAGUGGAGCUCAAGAACCUCUCCAAGUACACAGAGUACGAUGUUACCAUCUUGGCUUACACUUCGAAGGGGAACGGCGUCAGAGCAAAGUUUUUUACCGUUUCCACGAAAGAAGACCGUAAGUGCUUUCAACAACUUGAUAAAACUAUUCGUAAUUGUUAAGGAGAAUGAGAUUCCACCUAAUUAACCCUUCAAACGCUAAGAGUGACCAGCAUCUAAUUUCUCCUUGCAGUAAUAUGCUAAAUCAUUACUUAAGAUCAUGAGAAUUAAGGAAAUGAUCGCCAACCUAAGAAGGUUUGGUUGUUAAACGAAUUUACCUUAUCAGUAUCAACAGACAUGUAUACAGAGGACAGUAUGGAGAUUGAGUUUGGAAUGUAAAGGGUUAAUUCAACCUAAAUUCUCAAUAGUAUCAAAGUGGUUAGAUUGGUACUGUGCAGGUUUUUCUGCUUUUAAUCAUUUUAAUAUCCGAUGGAAUGUCCAACUUAAAGGACAUCUUUUGUCCAAAUGUAUCUUAGGGCCAAGCAGACCACCAACUUUAACCAAGGUUUUCAACACAAGUUCUACGAACAUUAAAGUGAACUGGAAUCCAAUAGCACACGGCUAUGUCCAUGGAGUAUUAUCCGGGUAUGUCGUUUUAUAUCGUGCUAUGAACGAGUCGCAGGACCUAUACAAGGAUCACGAAGUGGGACCGAACAGCACCAGCGUGGAGCUGACAGGACUAUGGAAGUAUACCAACUAUGGCAUCAGAGUUUUAGGUUUCACCAGAAUGGGCUGGGGUGUCAUUAGCCCUGAAGUUCUCGUACAGACUGAUGAGGAUGGUAAUGUCGAAUUUGUUUUGUUGGUUUGUUGUUGAUUUUUCAGCAUUAGUCAAUACAUUUCUCUUAAAUACAUCAGGAGAGCCCUGCAUUUAGUAUUUUGAGAUCAAGGUAUAUAGGCUAAUAUCACGAUAAUAGCUAUGCUGACAUAGAAGCCACUACUAACGAGCCCAUAAGUGGAAGUUAGCAGAUAACUCACGUUCAUAUUUUGGAUUCAAGAUAAAAGUGUGUCAGCACUAGAAAAAGAGAUAAGUUAACCUUAGAAACGUUAACAAUAUGAACUAUUAAAUAUAAUGGGUCACUUUCUGAAUUAAUGUGAUAAUUUGUUGGGGUAAAACUUGCAAAUUUAAAAGGAAGAGUGGGAAAGAAUGUAGCCAAUUAGUUCUGUAACCUAAUACCUUUGUGAUCCCUUCACAGCUCCAGGAAGGCCUCCAGAAAACGUCCAAUGCAUCAGCAAAUUCACUCCCACGACGAUCCCGGUGUCGUGGAAACCGAUUGGGAAUCCAUAUUAUGUUCAUGGCAUACUGCUGGGUUAUACAGUGACUUAUCGAGCACUCAGAAACCCUAAUGAAGAGCUGAGUGAAAGGGAAAAAAACAUCACAGUUGGACCGAGUACUUUUUCUCUCGAGCUCCGUAAUUUGGAAUCUUUUACAAUUUACAGCAUCGAAGUUCGAGCAUUUACCAGAAAAGGCAACGGUACACCUUCCUCGAUAAUUUUUGCGGGUAAGUAAAAUUUGCAAAUUUUUUCAAUCUUGUUCAAAACUGCUCGCAUUUCGCAAGGUGAGGCGAUUUAUAAUCCUUUUUGUGUUGUGUAAGUGCAAUUAAAGGAAUCAGACGAACGAGAAAGCCGUGGCUAGUUUUCCAAAUAACGUACGACCAAACAACAAAUUAGAGAAUGAUUGUAGCUCAUUAACUUGCACUGAUCUCUCAAAUCUGUGACAUACAUUGAAAGAAAUUGAUUUCCUGUUUGAUUUAGAAACCUGCAACUGCAACAAAAAACUUUACACAAACUAUUGGCUGAACCCCCCAUACAUGGCUAAAGGUGAGAGCGGCAACGUGAGCGGUAUUUUCCCGCCAAUUCUGCGUCUUGUCGUCCGCAGCUGUUGUGGUGAUUGUAAACAACAUGGCUACACAGAAAUUGAUUUCCUUUACUCGGGGCACAACUCUGCAGCUAAGAAAAGUACCGAGAAACAAGUCAGAGAAGCAAUAGAUGACGCGAAAGAGUUAAGCUUUCCCGUUUCCGGACGGAUGGAACAAUUGGAUUACUCCAAUGAAUAUGGUUUUGCGCCUUUAGUGCAGUCUGCUGGAGUUUCGUUCAUCGUGGCUGGAGACGAACCAGGAGCUACGGCCAAAAUGGUAGUCAAAGCUGUGUUAAACUUGUGGCCUUUGAUCGUGACUGUGUUCAUUUCAGCUUUCUUCUCUGGAAUAGUUAUGUGGCUUAUGGUAAGUGUCGUUUGAUUGUUUAUUCGCACUUAAUCAGAAUUUUUUUUGGAACAAGUACUUCAUGAUUACAUGCAGCUCAUUUAAUAUUUAAUAACCUUGGCUUUUUUUGUAUUGUGAGGUUGCAAAGUUGAUCCCACUUAUACGUUAUUUUAUUUAUCAAUGAUUCUAUUCGUUUGGGAGAACUAUAAAAAAAAACAAACAAACAAAAUAGAAAACACGCAAUUAAAAACGCGCUAACUUGCAAAACAGAAUUGACGCAGGAAACUUUGUUAACCGGAUUCCACUUGAACAGAAAUGAUUAAAACUAAAGAUUUUUUCACCCAGGCGUUACUUCCAGUCAGUAAAUUUUUUUUUACCAACAGGAUUUCAUUUUCAAUGCACAAGAAUUUCCUUCCUCUCCUAUAAGAGGACCAAUUGAAGGAAUGUGGUGGGCCUUUGUAACCAUGACAACUUUGGGGUAAGAUAAACAUGAAACAUGUUAUUUGCUCGCUUGGUAUCUUUGCCUAAUCAACUAAAGCAAGCAAAGUCUGUAUGUUUAUGUUCAUAAAAUAUUGAAACAGGGCACAUAAAGUAAUAAUCACAUCUCCGGCCGAGUUGUUUAACUGUAAAGAUGGUUUUGAACAGGGAAGCAUCCCUUUGCAAAUUCCUUUCGUCAACCAUUUUCCAGUUAUGGUCCUGAAAACUUACAUUCUGUGUUGGCGUUGUUACAUCAUCAGCCAUAAAAGGUUUGCGGUAGAAUUUGGCAUGUGAAAGGUACAAUUGCCUUUUUCUUUUUGUCAGAUAUGGAGACCGUGUGCCCCGUGGUAUACACUCUAAGUUGUUUGGAAUAGUUUGGAUCAAUUGUGGCCUCAUCAUCAUCGCACUUGUGAUUUCAUUCAUCACUACGUCUUUGACAAUGAAUGUCAUGAAAUCGGAUAUUGCCGUGUAUGGAUCAAAGGUGAAACAAAUCUUUGAAUUUCUCUAUUUCAAACCUUCCUCCUUCCUUCCUCCGAUUAACUUUGCGAUCAAAAUGAACAAUCAUCUUCGUCCAAACAUCUUACGAGGACUUAGAUUUAAUCAGAACUGUAAGUUCCCCCCUAGAUUGCUUAGUGGCUCACUUUCAAAAAAUUUGUUUCUCCAAGUAUAUACCUUAUUAAUAUGGUCUUAAUUCUUGCGAUUCGAAGGUUUCCGCCAUUGCUGAUACACCGGAAUUUCGUCUUGGAACUCGAUUGAAUGCUCGCAUGCAUGGAGGUAAGUUGGAAUCAAAAAUAGGAUCAAGUUGAUAAAGAAAAAUUUUUUUUCUCUUUUUUUGGAAGUGUACAUCUCGAGGAGGAAUUGUGAGGGAAACCAGCUGGAGGAAAGAUUUCCUUAGGCCUCAAUUUGUCGUCAUCAAUUAACGUUCAACCACAAAAGUGCUCCAUGUAAAAAUUUCCGUUAACGGAUCCCUUUGUUCAAAGACUGAAAUUAUUGGACAAAGGCUCUUUUUAGUCAAGGAAAAAAGCAUGUCACAUAGUUCCGUCUUCCCUACAAAUUGAAAGAAGAAGGUCGUUCGGAAAAAAAAAACUUGUUGGGUAUGAAAACUAACUGUUAUGAACGUGGCACCAACAAGUUUCAUUUUUUUUACCCAUAGUAGCUACCAUUGAGGACUUGUACCAGUCCUUGAAAGACAGACGUGUAGAUGGCGCCCUCAUAGAUUCCUACACUGUGGGAAGUCGGAAGGAAUUGUUCAGUGAUGGAGUUCUCCGUAUGACCAAGAUAAUCUCUUACUCCUCAGCAUAUGGAGUUGUAAUGGCUGGACAAGCUAGAAAGUUGCAGAAAUGCUUUCGUGAGUUUUUGAGGGAGGAGCGGGUGUCCGUAUUUCAAAUCAUCACCGACAAUGUUCAAGGCGUUACGGUAAUUAUCAUUAUGGUACUUUAUGACGAGAAUUUUCCUUCUUUGAUUUAUGACUGUUUCCCAGUUACUUGAUGUCAAAGAGGAAGGAAACAAAACGAAACGUUCGAAAACGACCUUUUGUCCUCGUGGAGGCAACAUUUCUUUGUAGAUAGGAUACUUCCUUUUCAAGCACUUUUUCUCUUUGUUUCACCUUAAAGGACGACUACACUCAGUUUCUCGCAUUUGAGAAAGAUCUCUUUCGAGAUAUCAAGGGGAAUAUCGUGGUAACAAAUAUGUAGAAUUGCGUUCGCAGGAAAAAUUUUGCAUAUGCUGUUACAUUAAGAAAAAUCCACCAGAAUGUUUACAGAUGGGGCACAUCGUGGAGUGAAGUGCUGCAAGAAAACAAAAACGUCAACUAUUGGCGUGUUUCACCACCAGAUCAACGAUUGAGUGAGCGGAAAGUUGUUGCUUCGUAUGGCAUGAAAUAACCAACUUAGUCAUCGAAUGAGAUAUAUGUGAUGUACUUAAUCGAUCCCAGCCACCACUCAGUGCGUCAGAACCUCGUUCGAACCUUUCCGUAAGCACAAGUCACGCGAAAAUAUACUAUUUAUGAAUGAAUAAUCAGGAACACAUUACUGAAUUUUCAGGGACUUCAGAAAGACAAUACGGCAGAAAAGACAGAGAAUUUGUUUGACGCAGAGUCUGUGGUGUACAUCCAAACGAUGACGUGGUGUGGAGGUGCCUUUGGCGUGCUGACAGUUAUCUUCCUGCUAUAUGAGCUAACCACCAGAAAGAAUCGCAAUCCAUCUCCGAAGAGACUCGGUAAGAUAGUAAAAUUUCAUUGAGUUGAGGAGUUAGAUUCUAGAGAAAUUGUGGUAUGGCGUCAGCUAGGCUAUUAUAGGGUAAUUUAGAUCUAUCAAGUGAGUUGAUGAUGCAAAUUGGCCACCGUAAAGAGUUUCUUAAGCUGACGUUUCAAGGGUUAGCCCUUCGUCAGAGUGAAUGAGUUUACGAUUGAGUCCCUGAGUCGUUUUGCCCGCAAUUGAACUGUCCAGUUCAGGUCGUAAGCCUAUGAUUAAAUGGAAAUAAGCAUUUGAUAGAUAAUGUCUCCCUUGCCGAACCAUUUUUUAUAGAGAGAUACCCAUUGAUUACCAUUGCAUUUCAAUGCCUCGCUAAUUUUGCACUUAAAAAAAAGAAACAACAAAAAAACAAAACAAAAAAUAAGCAAACAAACAAACAAAUGCAUUGGGCCAUUUUGAAAGUGGUCACUGCUCCAAAUUAAGAUAAUUAUUUACAGUAUAGACGAUUUCUCCGUGACAAGUGUUUAAUGAUUUAACAUAGUCUAAGCUGAAAAUGAUAAUCAUAAGGAUACUAAGCUACUUUGCCUUUAUUUUGGGACCAGAAUACAGUGACUACUUGGAAUCUCUGAACAAACAAAAACCUAGGGACAAAUAUGACAACAGCAAAGAAACGAUGAAGACGAUUCUCACCGAAUUUCAUAAAAACUGCCGUCUCAGACUGGAAAAUCUCAAAGCAAAACAUCGACGAGAGUUGCGGCUUUUGACGCGAUUAAAGCAAGAGCAAGCCGAUAAAGGAGGAACUGAAAUCUUGAAUGGGAACGUUCAUAAGAAUAACUUUGCAUUCCCUUUUCGAAGGAGCAUUGUACGGCACCAUCAGAACGGAGUGGUAUCAUGAUGAAAGGUGCUGAGUCAAGUC